GCCACCGAAAACAAUUCAGAAACAUGGAUUCGCCGGAUAAGAUUCACCGCCGCUACAACCCCGCCGAGAUUCUCCACACCGCCGUAACCUCCAUCUCUUCAAUCAUUCCUCUCUUCCCUCCCAAAAAGACGCCGUCUCGCGUAUGCCUCCCGCUCAAAUUCUCCGUCUCCGACGACGUCUCUCCGUUCGAAUCGACGGUCAAGAACGCAUCAUCAUCCACGUCAUCUUCGGGGAUUAACUCGACGGUUAGGAUAUCGUCUCUAAACUCCGAUGGGAAACGCGGGGGACCGGCUUUUGUAGGUCAGGUGUUUAGUAUGUGUGACCUUACUGGGACUGGUCUUAUGGCGGUUUCUACUCACUUCGAUAUCCCUUUCAUCUCCAAGAGAACACCUGAGUGGCUAAAGAAAAUGUUUUCGACGAUCACUAAGAGUGAGAGGAAUGGUCCUGUGUUCCGCUUUUUCAUGGAUCUAGGAGAUGCAGUGUCAUAUGUUAAAAAGCUAAAUAUUCCAAGCGGAGUGGUUGGAGCUUGUCGACUUGAUUUGGCGUAUGAGCAUUUCAAGGAGAAGCCCCACUUAUUUCAGUUUGUUCCAAAUGAGAGACAGGUGAAGGCUGCCAACAAGCUUCUCAAAUCAAUGCCAAAUGGGAAAAAGCAAAAGGUGGACGGGGUUCCUGUUUUUGGUGCUCAAAACUUGGACAUUGCUGUUGCAACUUCAGAUGGGAUUAAGUGGUAUACCCCAUAUUUCUUUGAUAAAGCGGUACUAGAUAACAUUCUUGAAGAGUCGGUGGAUCAACAUUUCCAUACUUUAAUCCAAACUCGGCACGUGCAACGAAGACGAGAUGUUGUUGAUGAUAGCUUAACUUCAGAGAUUAUGGAAGAGAUGGGAGACAGCAUGCUAGAACCACCUGAGGUUCAAGAAGCCAUGGAAGAGAUUGGCACUUCUGGAAUUCCUCUGAAUGUUGUGGCAAAGGCUGCAGAGAUUCAGCUCCUAUACGCCGUAGACAGAGUACUUCUAGGUAGUCGAUGGUUUCGGAAAGCCACAGGCAUCCAGCCAAAGUUACCUUAUCUCGUCGAUUCUUUUGAAAGAAGGAGCGCGUUAUCUAUCCAAAGAGCGUCAGGGUCAACAACUAAAUGUCUUGGUGAUUCAGAAACCUCUGCAUCACUGCUUAAAGUAGAAGACGAUGGUCCAAGCGAGGAAGAAAAAAAACAGCAAAAUCUCUGGUUUCCUUUUGGAGAUUGGCUUAACAACUCUGGAGACACGCAAAAGGAUUCAUUAGGUCAAAGGGAGAUGGAAAGUAGAGAGAGAGAAAUGCAGAGGAGUCCUUUCUUACCAAAGAUAACAAUGGUCGGAAUUUCAACAGGAGAAGCUGCAAAUAUGAGUAAGGCUAACCUGAAGAAAACAAUGGACGAUUUAACACAGGACUUGGAGCAGUCUGAUGAAGGGAGUGAUCAUGGUUCGAAUCGUUACGACCCUCUUAAGAUCGAGGAGAGAGAUCCCUUGUUCGUUGCAAACGUUGGAGAUUACUAUUCGGGUUUGGCUAGAGCUGGCUCUUCUCGGUGGUCACGUCGAGGUGAUGAACGUAACGAAACCCCUCCUAGGUCAUAGUAACCUACCUUUGUUGUUACUUGUACUUGUUAUAUGAUAGGGACAUGUAUUCAUAUCAAAAAAAUAAUGUUUCAUUAGUUGUAUAAACAAUUUUGAACUUGCAUUGCAUGCAAUAAACAUUUCAAUUGACGGUUAAGAUGAUUGUG